CACAGCAAUCAACUCACGGUAAAUUUGAUAAUGUGAUUUCACCUCUGUCUUGUCUUGCAGGAUUGGCUAAUUUGGCGGGAUCUUUUGUCUCUGCCUACCCGGUUGCUGGCAGUUUCUCAAGAUCUGCAAUUAUGGCGCAGUGUGGUGCACGGACGCCGUUAGCUAACCUGGUCACAGGUUCCAUAGUUCUGCUAGCCAUAGCCUUCCUCACGCCGGCCUUCUACUACAUUCCCAAGGCUGCUCUGGCUGCUGUCAUCAUCAGUGCAUUGCUCAAGCUCGUCGACCCGGCCGCUGUCAAGACAUUUUGGAAAGUCAGAAAAUUGGAUUUAAUUCCUUACACUUUCACGUUCAUCGGCAGUCUAGUGCUUGGACUCCAGUAUGGCGUAGUCAUCGGUGUAGCCUUGGACCUGGUAAUCCUGAUAUAUCCCGUGGCCAGACCAAAUAUAGAGUUCGUCAAACCAUCUUUGCUGACAGCAGGCAUUGAAUGCUCAUCAUCAAAGAGCGACAAUCCCGCGAUGGUCGUCCGUGUACAGGGCAGCAUGCGAUACCCGUCCUCCCGAUACAUCGUGGACAGUAUUACGAAACAGUGUUUGCAUGGCGACUUCUGCAGGCCUGUUAUAUUAGACUUCACAUUCGCCAAGGAGAUGGAUACCACGGCAAUUGAGGAUCUUUACGACAUUCUUGAUGCAUUCAAGAAAGAAAACGUCAGAAUAGUAAUGGCCUGUGUGAAGGAUAAUAUCAAAUGUCAGUUGGUUGCUGCGGAGAUACCAGGGUUGACUGUCUUUACAUCAAUUGAAGACGCAAGACUGGGACUGCAAGAAAUGGAGACAGAAAGCAGUGGGUAAAGAAAACACUGCGUCCACAUAUUACCAGCUCCUAAUGGCGUUGAUCAUGCAUGACAUUUGUAAAAUGGAGUGGACAUUCUACAACUCGCCAAGCAUGCAAACACCAGAACAAAAUGACAUUCAGUGCUUCUUUUGUCAUUACAUGUCGUUAUCAAUAGUUCCUGAUGAUGCAUGUUUUUAAACUAAAUUUCUUUUUAAAGACGUGGGGUAAAAUCUGCAUCCAUUUAGGCCUAUACCAAAAAUCAACUAUUCUGGGAAAUGUUGGAGGCUAAAACCUGCAUGCGAUUGUAGUAACCAAAUAUGUCGGUUUGGGGCAAAAGACAAGAGGUAAUCUAGUGUGGUGUUCUUUCUCAGUUUUUUUUUUGGGGGGGGGGAAAUCAUUUUGCUCAGUCUUUGAAAAAACUUUAAAAAGGUAAUACUUGCUAUGGAGAAUUUAAACAAAAAAUUGGAGACAGAAUAUUUGGGGUACUCAGUUAGGUUAAAAGGGCACGGCUAUCAAUUUGCUCUUUUUCCCAGUAAGGGGGAAAGUAAACAGCAAAAAUGGCAAACUGAAUAUAGAUCUUACUUUGUUUAUAAAAGAAAGAAAUAGAGCUUCCCUCGUCGCUAUACAAAGCACAACAAAUCCAGUGCUGAAAGCGUCAUUUUGCUUAAGUUAUAAUGUUGUCUAAUACUAGUAAACAUUCUUGCCUUUAUGAUGUUUAUAAUGAAAAGACAUUUACGAUAGGUGGUGACUUUUUGUUUAAAGAAUGUAGUAUCCAGACGCCACU